AUGGAGAGUAUACGCUGGAAAAGUUUAGUAGUGGUGAAAGAUACUUUGCGAUGCAGCGCAGAAAGAAUAUGGGCAAGUUUAGUGCAUGAUACCAUCGUACGCAACAAAGGACAAGUAUUGGUGUAUUUGUUUACGUCAUGUAAAAGUGCUUUAAUAAAGCGUUACCCUUUCAUGCUGCAAUGCACAUUAAUGGAGGAAAUCGAUUCAUUCGCGAAUAUUUUUCAUGAAAUUGUUGAUUUGUUAAAAAAUGCUGAAAGAACGACAGUGUUCUUUGAUUCGAUUGACAUUAUUUCCUUGCAUAGUUCUUUUGAUCGAGUAAUUGUAUUGUUGAAGGGAAUUUCGCAAUACGCCACUGUCAUUGCGCGAAUGCAUGACGAAUGCAUUUCUGCUGAGAAUUGGGAGAGAUUGAGUUCUAUUGCGCAUGUAACGUAUUCUUUGGAACUGAGAGAUAUGACAGCUCUCUGUACAGUUAUUUCAUAUAAGGCUGAUGGGAAAAGAAAUUUAAAGGUAGGAACAAUAUAUAUCGAUGACUCAUUCCGCUCAUUUUUCAAACAAUACCAAGCACAAGAUGCGAGUACGUCUGCUGAGAGAAAUAUUAAUUUGUUUAUGCCCGAGAGUUCUUUUGAUAUCGGACUUCAUUUGAGAAAGUCAGAGCGUGAAGCCAGAGAGCGCGUGCCUUUACCUUACGAAACUGCUCAGAAAGAAGAAGAAUUGGUAAGGUUGCGUAUAAGAGAAAAUCGUAAGAUUCGAGCUGGUGGUCGCAUUAUUUACAGUCCAGACGAAGCAGAUGAUUUCGAUGAGAGUGAUCCCGAUGAUGAUCUCGAAAUUUAA